GAGGGAGGUGUCAUAUCUCGUUAGAGGAAACUGUAAAAGUGUUCUGUCAGCUGUGGUUAUUUCGUACAAGAUAUACCCACCUAUUCAAAUUCUAAUAAAGUUGACUUAAUUCUUCUUCGAAAAUAAAAAUGUUGGCUAUUAGGAACCUUCUGAAAAGCUCUGCUUUGGCGAAGAAUGUUGUACAGCAGAGAAAUAUGAGCGUCAUAGCUGUUCCAGCAAGAAACAAGGUUUCGACGGGAGAGCUGCUCUUCCUGUCGGCUAUAAUGUUUGUUGGAUGGACCUCAAUCCCAGUGUACGUCCUGGUCAACAUGAAACAUUACCGCUCAAAGGAAUAGAUUUAAACCAACUAGUAAUUCUGUAGUAAUAUGUAUAAGUAAAAGUUAAUUUAUCUGUA